AUGCCUUUAGGUUGUUGCCGUCGAGGCCUCGACAUCUUUCUUCGCCCCAAGCAGGGACGCAUAUUCAAAUGCCACCAAAAGAAACUCUUUGCCUCGGCCUCGAUCUCAGAGCCAUGGAAACACCAUAGUAUUGAGCUGCCAGUUGGAGUGAGUGGCCGUGUCAAGCUGGAUGUCUUUUCGCCUGAUAGACGUGCUGCGGAGGGCCAUGGGCCACGAAAUCUCCUCGUUCACCUCCCUCCCGGUCCUUCCAUCGACGCAAAUGAAACCCCGUCUAUCGAGGUUCUCCCUCAGCUGCAACAUAGCUUCCCACCGUCAACGUCGCUAGUAUCGAUAAAUUACAGGCUAGGGUAUGGCAUAGACUCAGCAAUUUUGCCAAAGGAGUCGACAUGCUUCCCAGUCCCCAUCCACGACGUCUCAACCGCAUUCGACUAUCUCACAUCUCCAACUUCUCCAUACAACGCAGACUACGAAGAAGCACCAAAGAUAUGUCUCUUGGGGAGCAAUAUAGGCGGUGCGCUUGCGACAAUGCUGGCGCUGACGGAGCCGAACGCCAUCCACGCUCUCGCGGUGGUUGAACCAAUGAUAGAUUGGGCGGGAUUGGACGAUAUUGUUGAACAGCUGCGCACUGCUGAGACGUCAUCUCCUAUAUCACAGAAGAGGCAGAAGCAGAAUGCCACAACCCGCCGUGGUGUAAAGAACCAGUCGGUCCGUGCUGCGGCGGCAGAGUUGAUUAAGCUGCGUGCGAAGCUCUUCAAGACGCCAUCCGCUUACUUCGACCCAUUUGCGAGUCCGAUGUUGUUCCUCCGCGCCCCGGGCAAAGACACACCUUCAGCAACGUCGGUAACAGACCAGUUGGUCCAUGAGGCAGGUUUGGAUCUGCUCAAUGGUUACGGGGACGACGACUCGCAACAGUCCGGCUCUUCAACACUGACGGGACUAUCUGCCUCCUCUCACAAUGUAACCGAAACUUCAAGUGAUGAAAAUGACACCGGACCAGAUUUGACGCCCAAGACACAACCCCGCCGCCGCAAAGUCCUCAGGCGCUGGCCCGCUGUCGGUCUUCCCGAAUCCGUCACAUUGCCUCAUGUGAAGAUCUUCGUGGCAUCUCAAACGGGGCAAGAUGCUCAUCCGGUCAGCUCGGAGGCAGAAGAUCUUGCCAGGGGUCAUGCAGCGCUGAUGCGAGCCCAAGGACUCGAAAUGGCCGAGUUGAUGCGGCGCGCUUGUUUUCUGGGUCGAGAGAAGAGCUUUGCGGAGGAGCAUGUCCGAGUUCAUGAACGACAGACCAUAGAUGAGCUUGAGCAACAGCCCGAGCACCAAAUUCAGAAGUGCGCUGUACAACCGCAGGGAGAGAAGGCGCAGACGAAAGCAAAACUGCAAGAUGCCAUUGAAUGGGUUGCGGGCAUGUUUGCGAGAGAGUGA